UGUGUGUGUGAAGGAGAGGAAGAGAGCAGGUCUCAUCUGUCUGAAGUCAAACACUAAAGAAGCGGUGUAAUUUCUUGUAGAUGGAGCCGGAGACAUUGAUCUGGAGCUGAGCAGCGUGUCGAGCUGAGCUCACUGAGGCGGUUUGUUUAACCUGAUUUCAGCCACUGAACUGAGGAAGUUUCACACUUGUCGGUUCAUCAGUGGGAAGUGAAAACGAUCAUAAUUUGCCUUUGGUGUUUUUUUGGGGGGGAUCGCGCGUUUUAUCACCUUAUCUUACGACGUGCUGUUGGACAUUAAAAAUUUCAUCAGUCAAAUCUACAUUUUGUCCUAGAAAACGGUGAAAAAAGCGACAUAACGUUCCAGUGACUUGCGUUGUUGGCAUCAUCUCAGCCCCUUGAGAAGUUCAUGGGAAAAAAAAAAAAAACGCUGAGGGGAAGGACCUGAGGAGAGAGCACAGCAGAGCAGCUUUUUUCACCGGGGGGAAUGGAGGCGACUGUGUCCUGCGUCUGGAUUUAGGAGGAAUGAUAGAUUAUUCUGCAGCUGAAUAAACCUCUUCAUCAGCUGUUUGAGCCGAGCAGGUGUGAAGGAGCUGCUACAGCUGAUUGGAGAAUCUGGUGGAUGUUUCUGGAGGUGUCGGAGGUGAGGAGGCUGAGCUCAGCGGCUGCCAGGCUGCAGCUAUGGUCGUUGAGACGAGCUUUCCUCCCUCCUCAUCAGUGACCUUGGCCUUUGUCUCACCAUGCCGGACUACACCGCCGCCUUCGUCGUCUACAUCAUCCUGGAACUGCUGAUUGCUGUGUUCUCCGUGCUGGGCAAUGUGCUGGUCUGUUGGGCCGUGUGCCUCAACAGCAACCUACAGAGCAUCACCAACUUCUUUGUGGUGUCGCUGGCGGUGGCUGACAUCGCCGUGGGCGUCCUGGCCAUUCCCUUCGCCAUCGUCAUCAGCACAGGCUUCUGCUCCAACUUCUACGGCUGCCUGUUCAUCGCCUGCUUCGUGCUGGUUCUGACACAGAGCUCCAUCUUCAGCCUGCUGGCCAUCGCUAUAGACCGCUACAUUGCAAUCAAGAUACCGCUCAGGUACAACAGUUUGGUGACAGGCCAGCGAGCUCGAGGCAUCAUCGCCAUCUGCUGGGUUUUAUCCAUCAUCAUCGGUCUGACCCCAAUGAUGGGCUGGCACAAGCCAGCCGAGAUCAUAAACAGUACCUGCCCGCCCGGUCUGAUGAAGUGCCUGUUUGAGGAGGUGGUGGUCAUGGAGUACAUGGUCUACUUCAACUUUUUUGCCUGUGUGCUGAUUCCUCUGCUGCUGAUGCUGGCCAUCUACCUGUGCAUCUUCAUGGCAGCUCGUUACCAGCUCAGGCUGAUGGAGGUGAAAGCAGUUCACGGGGAGAAGUCGCGCUCCACACUGCAGAAGGAGGUCCAGGCUGCCAAGUCUCUGGCCAUCAUUGUCGGGCUGUUUGCUGUCUGCUGGCUGCCUUUACACAUCAUCAACUGCUUCACCCUCUUCUGUCCUGAGUGUCCUCGUCCUCCGGUCGGGAUCAUGUACGUGGCCAUUAUACUCUCUCACGCCAACUCUGUGGUCAACCCCUUCAUCUACGCCUACCGUAUCCGGGAGUUCCGACACACCUUCCGUAAGAUCAUCCGGCGCCACGUCCUGGGCCAGCGGGAGCUGUUCGAGAGUGGCAGCAGCAAACGCAGCUCCACUCACAGGAGCAUCACAGACUCCAUCAGACUCAAGGCGAAUAACCUCAGCUUUCAGCUUUUCACAGAGCACAGCAGCAGCAGUAGCUGUGAAAGCUCCUACCGCUGCCCUACUCACAUCUCUCCUGUAGGGGGAGGACUGGUGGCGGUAUCCCACCCACCUCUGUCAGUCGUCAUCUCUCACUGUCCUAAGAUUGGGCCGUGUCCAUUGCAAGCCCUCAGACAAACCCAGAUCCCAGGGUGUCAUCAUCUACAGUAUGCAGAGCAGCAACAUGGCUGCAGCGGAGCGGCAGUGGUUGAGGAUAAGGACAAACCGGACCUCGGCUCUGAACAGGUUGCAUCGCUGUUCCACAAGCAGGACAGGAAGAGCUACUUUGGUGAGGUGGAAAAAGUGUCCUGACGCAGGGGGGAUUGUUAGCUAAUAUUCAGGAGCUGCACAGUGAAAUGUCAAUGUCAGCUCAGCAGCAACUGUCAGAAGCGGAUCGGGACAUAUACGGAUCCACAAUGGAAAUGGGAGCACUGUAACCAUCUCCACAGUUUAAAUGCAGAAUAAGAGUGUGAAAGCACUGUUCAAGAGGUUGUGCUGCUUUGUAACAUGUGCUUCAUGACCCAGAGGGGGUUAAAUCUACUGAGCCCUUGGCAUGUCUGUCUUUAAGGUGCAGGCUCUUCACACAUCAAAAACCGCUUCUAAUUUCAGCCAACAAGACUAAACGCUUCCUCGUCCUCUUUGCUCGAAGUUCAUUGAUGCACUUUGAGCAGUGAAAUUGUGAGAGCUACUAAAGCUCAGGCAAUGUGGAGAGGAGGGACAGAAUGAACCUCUGCUGAAACAUUCAGAAUGGAAAGAGCAUUGAUUGUUGUCUUUUCAGUGUGUCCCUCUUUGUUUAGCUGCAGGUUUAAAAAGUGUGCGAGAACAUUUGAUCCUGCCGCGUCUGAUGAAGGGGUCUGAAGGGGCCUUUGGCUCAAGACAAGAACAUUAAAUUCAGUAAAUUAUUGAUACUUUUCUUUUUAAUUUUCAGGGAUAUGGAUAUAAACACACUGUCUGAUGGGUUUCAUCUCAUCACAUCACCAUGAGCAUGAGCCGUUUUUAGCUUCACCCCAUCCUGAGGCCCUGUAAGGUGCACAGGCAGCACCACUAACCUGCAAAGCAAAUUUUCAUGCGUAAAGUUAAAGAUUUUUCACUUUCCUUUCUUGCACAUUGUAUUUUCAGCUUUUUUUUCCCCAAAAGAUUUGAAUGGGCUCUGAUUUCACUUUGGGGCCCGGGCUGUUUUCAAAGUGGUCUAAAUAAUCAAGGACGGUUCUGUUCCCAGUGAUGGGUUUGUUCAUGUUUGUGUCAAUAGCAAUGUAAAGUUUCACAUUUUUAAAAGCAUAAACCUCAGAGUUGGUCAUGUGAUGCUGAAAUGUAACCUUAUAUUUCUGUUUGCUCAGUGUGACAACGUGACUUGAUUGUGUGCUUAUUUAAGUUAAAUUCAUGUUGACUUCUGACUUAUGUUUGAUGAAUAAUGGGAAAUAAUUUGACAAGGAAUGUAAAUGAUCACAUUUUAGACUUAAAUCAAACUCAUGGAAGAUUUUCCGUUUUUUGGUUGUUGUUGUCUUUUUUUCUUGACAAAUUCAUCCUCAGUCCAGUGCAGCUAUUACCUUCUGUGUUUUCACAAGGAGGUUGAUACACAUCCUUAAAUAAAUUGAUUUAUGUUUUCGAACUGAACUUACUGUGUUUGCAUUCAGCAGUGGCCAGAAAAUGUUCCCAGUCGUUAUUCAGUAGCCGUAGAAACAGCUCCAGGCUUCCCACUGGCUUUUCACCAGGCAGGGCCAUGUUUCAUAUCAGAUCUGAAGGUCCAUAGAACUGAGUCACAGAUCUGGUUUGCUCAUCCUGGGAAAUGGUUAGUUAAGCAGUCGAACUAUCUUUAGAGUUCUUUAUUUUCCCAGCUUUUAUUGAAAUUCUCCUGUGAGUUCAGGUUACGGGGCUCAGAGCCUUUGUGCUUUUGAAAGCUUCCCCUGGGGUCUUUAAUGCUUUUCCACAGAAUCACCACAGAGACCUCCUGAGUCCUCACACUCUGUUGCUGUCCUGUGUGGCAACAUAUUGUCCCCUCAGCUGAGUUUUACCUGGUUCAAAAUAUUAUGCUAAGCUGCAGCUCUAUAGGAGAUCAAUCAGGAAACGCAGUUGUCAAUGCAAAAGAACCAUAAAAGCUUUCUUGUGUAUUUGUCAGAAAAUCGUUUUGUUUGAAGCUGCUCUAAUAAAUGUUUUUAUAUGAAAAGGAA